AUGUUCUUUCAGACGGAUUACAAUAGAUUAAGACCCUCAAGCUAUUGCGGAGCAGAUGUUUUUUUCUUGCAUUUUUCUCUCAUUAGCAAGGCCAGCUAUGAAAAUAUUGCAAAGAAGUUGAGACACUAUGCAUCAGGUGUUGCUUUAAUUCUUGUGGGAACAAAGCUCGAUAAGAUUUCCCUAUUCUUGCGAUACAUUUUCAUUUCUUUUAAGACUUUGUUGGUUUCAUCGUGGUCAUUCAUCCAAUUUAAGGAACGGAGAUGGGUUGUUAAAGUUCUUGGCCUCAUAAAGCCCUUUUGCAGGUUGUGUCGUAAGGGAGAAGAACUCAAGAAACUAAUCGGAUCUGCUGUGUACAUCGAGUGUAGUUCAAAAACUCAGCAGAAUGUGAAGGCCGUAUUUGACGCAGCAAUUAAGAUAGUCCUCCAGCCACCGAAGCAAGUCAAAAUAAAAGAUGACCAAUCUUCUCCAAGGAGAAGUGAGAGACUGUUAAAUAGUCUCCACUAA